AAGAUCGUCGUCGUCGGCCCGAAAGAGUGCGGGAAGACGACGACGUGCCAGCUCGUCGCCGGCGCGACGCCGUCGCGCGAGUACGACCCCACCGCGGGCGUGCGCGUGCAGACGUGCGAGCGACGCGUCGGCAUGCGCACCGUGCGCGUGGACCUGUGGGACUGCUCGGGGGAUCUGAAGUAUCAGACGUGCUUUCCCGCGAUGGCGGACGGGAUGGACGGCCUCCUGAUCGUGUACGACCCGGACGAGCCCGGGAGGGAGGCCGAGCUCGAGAAGUGG